CUUUGAAAUUAAAGUGAAUUUCUUCUUUAAAGACCUUCAUACAGCUUGUUAGGGUUUGUUCUUGAAGCUGUAUGCAAAGGAGUACUUCAUUUUUUCUGUUGGAAAACCAAAAUCUCUUACUGAUCUACAAGAAGUACAGAAUUUGUGGUACUCGUGUGAGUUUGCCUGAUGAUUUUCUUUCUUUUAUGUAUGGCAUAUGCUCUUUAAAGCCUUCUUCUUGCCAAGAGUAUCGUAUCAUUUUCCAUUUUAGAAAGUCGGUGGAAACUUUAUGCAGAGAAACCAUCUAAGAAACUUGAAAAGUAAUGCCAGUGAUUAAGCAACGUCCUCAUAGGAAGUUAUUGGUUUAGUUGCUUUUGCACCUAUAGAUUAUGAGACACGUAUGAUGACUACAAGUUCAAGAGAAGCAGGUUUUACAACAAAACAGGAAAGCAACACAAGUGAUGGCAAGAUAUCUAGGGCUCCAUCAAGCUCAACAUCAUGGUCAAGGUUGAAGGAUCCAAGAAUAGUUCGUGUGUCUCGGGCUUUUGGAGGCAAAGACAGGCAUAGCAAAGUCUGCACCGUGCGAGGACUGAGAGACAGGCGAAUAAGGCUUUCUGUGCCCACUGCUAUUCAAUUGUACGAUCUUCAAGACAGGCUCGGGUUAAAUCAACCUAGUAAGGUGGUUGAUUGGUUGCUUAAUGCUGCUAAGCAUGACAUUGAUGACCUUCCUGCACUCCAAAUGCCUCCUGGAAAUUUUGCCCUAAAUUAUCACCCAAUGCUAACUUCUCAUGGAGUCGGUGUUCCUCAAUCUGACAAAGAAGGUCUUAAAAUCAAUAGUGGCCUCAAUUGGAACGAUCCAUUGGAACUGUCCAGGUCUAGUUUUUGGAGUUCAGAUGUUUCCAUGAGGGAUAAGUCCAAGGGGGUUGCAAGGGAAACAGCUAAUGAUGAAGAAACUUGGACAAAAAGAAAUGAAGAGGGAAAGCAAGGUGAUCAACUUGAAGGUCAUAGUGCAUAUGCUUCAUCUAGCAAUUUGUUCCCCAGACCAAGUCAUUCUUUACCAGGUUUUCUAAACAAUGGCAUGCCCUAUAGUUCCUUCCUUCGCUGGGAUCCCGCUAAUUUAUCUUUAUCGAAUCCGGGAAGCUAUGAAUUGACACCCCAAACAGAUGAUUUCCACAACUUGAAUGUUAUGUCCUUGCCCUCAACAUUGUCUGUGGCCACUGGAUCUCAAGUUCUUGUAUAUCCACCCGCAAUACAGGCUUAUCUUCCUUCGCCUGUCACUGCUGCGGUUGAGCUUGAUCCAAAGCAAAUCAACUUUCAGAUGUUGAGCCCCAGUUCACAAAAUCCCAUGUCAAAUUCUCUCGCACCAACUCUUCAAUCUUUGAAUCAAUCAAUGAGACCAUUCCAAUUUAGCAUGACGCCUAGGUUUCUCGCUUCUCAAAGUGUUAGUCGACCCGGACUAAACAAAGAUGGUGAGUUUCCUUCAAAAUAGACUAUAUGCUAUGCAAGUUUUCAUCUUUCAGGUAAAAAACAACAGCUACUACGUUGAAGUAUUAUCACCAGUAUCCUUCUUGGCAUCAGAGAUUACAAAUUUUGGAAGGAAACUGGAUAUAUAGUGUGUUUAUAAGUUUGUUCGGGAUACCAUUUGCUGCACAGUUCAUUUCGUAUUAGCUUCAUCGAGCAGCUGGGAAUCAAAUUCGAAAGAUCUCAUUGCACUGUGGUUACCUGAUGAUUUUAGAUACUGGUAUAAGGUGACACCUUUUGAUGAUCUCAUGUCCGUAAACAUAUUUGAUACCUCAAAGAAGGCUAUUUAAACAGUGAAAAAGCUUGAAAAUAUGAUAAUUUUGUUUAGAUA